CACCGCCAUGGCCUCUGUCCAGCCUGGUUCAGACAGGGGAGCACCUGCAGGGUCUGAGGAGCUUCAUGCUGCCAUGCUUCCAGCUGCAGGGUCCAGUCUGCUGUGAGAGAGUGAACAGGAUCAGAGAGAGAGACUGUGGACCAGAACUGAACCAGGCCUAGACCAGUCCUCCAGUUAAAGACUGGCUCGGGGAAGACAUACACGAUGGGCACCGGGUUCGAGGUUGGCGUUUCAGGCGAGGAGGUGGGCAUUAUUCCACGUGCCGUCCGCCAUCUUUUCACCGCCAUCGAAGAACGAAAACGAACCGCCACCGAACAAGGAUUAACCCCCCCAGAGUUCAAGAUCAAUGCACAGUUUUUAGAGUUGUACAAUGAGGAGGUUUUGGAUUUGUUCGACUCGACUCGAGAUAUGAAACAAAAAUCUCAAAUCAAAAUCCACGAAGACCCGAAUGGAGGAAUCUACACUGUGGGAGUGACCACGCGGCAAGUCCAGUCAGAGUCCGAGAUGAUCCAGUGUCUGAAGUUGGGGGCUCUCUCGAGGACCACAGCUAGCACACAGAUGAACGUUCAAAGCUCCAGAUCUCACGCCAUCUUCACCAUUCACGUGUGCCAAGUGCGAGUCUGCACCAACAACAACGAGGAACAGGAUAACCGUGUGUCUCAGUCGGAGGUGGACGAGUAUGAGACUCUCACAGCAAAGUUCCAUUUUGUGGAUUUGGCCGGAUCUGAAAGACUGAAGAGAACCGGAGCAACUGGAGAGAGAGCCAGAGAGGGAAUCUCUAUCAACUGCGGACUGUUGGCUCUGGGGAACGUGAUCAGCGCUUUGGGAGAUCGGACAAAACGGUCGUGUCAUGUCCCGUAUCGAGACUCCAAACUCACACGUCUCCUGCAGGACUCUCUGGGAGGAAACAGUCAGACAGUGAUGAUCGCCUGCAUCAGCCCCUCAGACAGUGACUUCAUGGAGACACUGAACACACUGAAAUACGCCAACAGAACACGGAACAUACGGAACCGCGUGAUGGUGAACCAGGACCGGGCUAGUCAGCAGAUCAGCGCACUUCGGACCGAGAUCGCACGGCUGCAGAGGGAGAUACUGGAGUACAGGACGGGAAAGCGUGUCCCCGGGGAGGAUGGCGUGGACUGCUUCAGUGACAUGUUUCAUGAAAAUUCAAUGCUUCAGACAGAGAACAGUAACCUGAGGGUCAGAGUGAAAGCCAUGCAAGAGACUAUAGACGCACAGAGGAGCAGGCUGACCAAUCUGAUCAGCCAACAGGCCCUGAUAAAGACAG